AUGGCAAACAAAGUCAUUCUUCAUUUAAGAGCAGAAACAAAGCCUAGAGAAGCAAGAGCGGCACUCACUCCAAAGACUGUCAAACAAUUGCUUGAUACAGGCAACUUUGAGAUCUAUGUUGAAGAAGCUCCACAAUCCACUUUCAAAACUGACGAGUACAGACAAGCAGGAGCUAAAAUUGUUCCUUUUGAGUCAUGGAAAACUGCACCAAAAAACAGAAUUAUCAUUGGUUUGAAGGAAUUACCAGAAGAGACUUUCCCAUUGAUUCACGACCACAUCCAAUUUGCACACUGUUAUAAAAACCAAGCUGGCUGGAAGGACGUCUUAUCCAGAUUUUCAUAUGGCGGUGGCAUACUAUAUGAUUUGGAAUUUCUUGAAAACGACCAGGGAAGAAGAGUUGCAGCCUUUGGUUAUUAUGCUGGUUUUGCCGGUGCAGCUCUGGGUGUCCUAGACUGGUCUUUCAAGCAACUCAACUCUGAAGACAAGGACCUACCAGGUGUCACGCCUUACCCAAACGAAGAUUUGCUUGUUGCGGAUGUCAAGAAGCAACUGUCAAAGGCAUACAAGAAAACCGGCAGAUAUCCAACCGUUUUAAUCAUUGGUGCAUUGGGUAGAUGUGGUUCCGGUGCAAUUGACCUCUGUAAAAAAGUUGGUAUUCCAGAAUCCAACCUAUUGAAAUGGGAUAUCAAUGAAACAAAGAGAGGCGGUCCAUUCCAAGAAAUUGCAGACUCUGAUAUCUUUGUCAAUUGUAUCUACUUGUCCAAGCCAAUUCCUCCAUUCAUCAACCUCGAUCUACUCAACAAGGAUAGCAGAAAGUUGAGAACCAUUGUUGAUGUCUCUGCAGAUACCACAAACCCACACAACCCAGUGCCGGUUUAUACAAUUGCCACCCAAUUCGACACCCCUACAGUGUUGGUAGAUACCACAAAGGGCCCAAAGUUAUCCGUCAUAUCCAUCGACCAUUUGCCAUCUCUUCUACCAAGAGAAUCAUCUGAAUUCUUUGCAAGAGAUUUGCUGCCUUCACUGAAGGAACUUCCAAAUAGAAAGACUGCGCCUGUGUGGAAGAAGGCCGAAGACCUCUUUGACCACCAUGUCAAGAGAUUGAACCAAUCUAAAUUAUAA